AUGUCAAUUACAAACGAGUCCAUCUGGGCUCCUAGCCCCUCCACCACUCGUGGGCAACCCACCCAGCUCUCCUCAGACCCCAAGGGUGAGCGACUAGCCUAUGCUUCCAAUAAAUCCAUCUUUCUGCGAUCGAUCGACGACCCCGCAGUAGCCCGUCAAUACACAGAACACAAGGCCCAGACCACCGUCGCUCGGUUCUCUCCCUCUGGAUUCUAUGUUGCAAGUGGUGAUGCCUCCGGCACAGUGAGAGUAUGGGAUUGCGUUGGAGACGGUAUCACUAAGGGCGAGUACAACAUCGUCAGUGGUCGAAUCAACGAUCUGGCCUGGGAUGGUGAUUCGCAGCGGAUCGCCGCCGUAGGUGACGGCAAGCAGCGAUACGGCCACUUUAUUACCUGGGAUAGUGGAAAUACCGUCGGAGAAAUCUAUGGUCACACGCAACAGAUCAACUCCGUCUCAAUCAGGCAGCAGAGGCCUCUGCGUGCAGCGGCUGCAGGUGAUGACAAAAAGCUGGUCUUCUAUCAUGGAGCGCCCUUCAAGUUUAAUAUGGGAGUUGGAGAUAAGCACUCCAAUUACAUCUAUGGGGUCGGCUUCAGCCCUGAUGGCUCGAACUUGGCCACUGUGGGCGGAGACCGCAAGAUCUGGCUGUACGAUGGCAAGACUGGGGAGACCAAGGGCCAGAUUGGCGAGGGAGAGCACAAGGGUAGUAUUUUUGGUCUCUCUUGGAGCAAGGAUUCCCGGAAGUUCGUCACUGCCAGUGCUGAUCGGACGGUCAAGAUCUGGGAUGUGGAAGCGGGCAAGUCUACCCAGAGCUGGACUCUUGGAGAGGAGGGCGCAAUGGCUGUUCGUGACCAGCAAGUUGGCGUUGUCUGGCCUCCUGGACGAAGCGACAACCUGCUUAUCAGUUUGUCUCUCAGUGGAGACUUGAAUUACUUGGUCGAGGGAACUCCUGAGCUCCGACAGGUGAUCUCAGGCCACCAGAAGAGUAUCACAUCCCUGAACCAGACGACCUUGGAUAACAAGGAGACUCUGUGGACCGGCAGCUUCGAUGGACGGGUCUGCAGCUGGGACGUGUCUUCGGGCACAGCGGCAGAGAUUGAGGGUGAAAGCCACCCCGGCUACGUUGCUGGUCUCACUCCCACACCAGAGGGCUCUGGGCGAAUCUACAGUGUCGGCUGGGACGACACCAUUCGCUCCAUCGAUGUUGCCGCGAAGACCUACACUGGUAGCGCCUCCAAGCUGACUGGACAGCCGAAGGGUGUCGCCGCUGGCGAUUCCACUGUCUUGGUUGGUACCGCAGAGGCUGUUGAGAUCUUCCAAGAUGGCAAGAAGUCCGGCGAAUACAAACCUAAGUUUCCUGUCACUACCGUGGCCGCUCAUGGAGCUGUUGCUGCCGUUGGAGGCGAAGAUGGAUCUGUCGAGAUCUGCAAGGUCUCGAAUUCUAGCCUCUCAGGCCAGACUGAUAUCAAGGCCUCCCGCAACCAAAUCUCCAUUCUUGCAUUCUCCCCUGAUGCCUCGCUUCUCGCAGUGGGAGACCUGCGAGGCCGCGUUCUGGUCUACAAGGUUGCAGAUGGCAGCCUAGUCACUGACCGGUGGACCGCACACACCGCUCGGAUCACAUCACUUGCCUGGAACCAGGCUGGAUCGCAUCUGGUCAGUGGCUCGUUGGACACCAAUAUCUUUGUGUGGAGCUUGGCCAACCAGGGUGACUGGAUUGAGCUGAAGAACGCUCAUAAGGAGGGUGUCAACGGCGUGACCUGGGUCGAGGGAAGCUCGAAGAUCGCCUCGGCUGGUGCUGAUGCCGCGGUGAAGGUCUGGAAAGUUGAGGGACUGAAAUGA